AUGAAAACUGUAGACCUUCACAACCAUGCCUUUGUGGAUCCCGUGCGUCGAAUUCUGAAUGUUUUCGACAUGAAGCACUUCUAUUUCUCAGAGAGUUAUCAGAUGCUACUAGACUUCCUUCAUGAGCUCAACGAUGCUGUUCUAAAUGUGAAGACCUGUGAUGAUGUUGCUGUAGGUGAAAAUACCAUGAAACUCAUCGAAAUGUUAGACACACUACUGGGAUGGAUUGACAUGUUCCCACCAGAGGAAUCGAUGGAUCAGAGGUAUGGGAAUAAGUCAUAUCGGAAAUGGUUCGAUCACUUACAAAAUGAGAUGAAUAAUGUUGUUACGAGUCAUUUGCCGGAUGAAAUGAAACCAGCAUCUAUCGAGUUAUGUGCUUAUCUCGGAGAUUCGUUUGGAAAUGCUACUCGCAUAGAUUAUGGGUCAGGUCAUGAAUCUUGUUUCGCUAUUUACCUUCUGUGUCUCUAUCGCAUAGGAUUUCUUACGGCUGCAGAUCAUCAGGCGGUUGUGCUCCGAGUUUUCGUGAAAGUGAGCCAGCAUCUUUCUCGAUCAUUGAGGCAAGCCUUCAUGCCCCACCAUCGUAUUUACAGGUAUUUACACCUUUGCCGAACCCUACAGACAGUGUACAAGAUGGAGCCGGCCGGCAGCCAAGGCGUGCAUUCGAUAGAUGAUUUCCAGUUUAUUCCAUUCCUCUGGGGUAGUGCUCAGCUAGCUAACAAUAAAUCCCUCGUUCCCGAAUCUUAUCUGAAGGCAACAACAGUUGAAGCUAACGCGCAUAAGUACCUUUUCUUCGACUGCGUGAAUUUCAUCAAUCAGACCAAGAGUGGUCCAUUCUAUCAGCAUUCCAACCAGUUAUGGAACAUAUCCGCUGUGCCGACAUGGACGAAAGUCAAUAGUGGGCUCUUCAAAAUGUACGAAGGAGAGGUAUUGAAGAAGUUUCCAGUCGUGCAGCACUUCCGCUUCGGCUCGCUGUUUUCGUUUGAAGAACGUCCAAAUGCGGGUCUUCUGCCAACAGAAACAGCAGCGCAAACAACGCCUGAGCACUCUGACGUAGAGACUCGCAUGCCUCCUCCUGCGCUACCCAGUGGGCAUGCACAAAUGCCACCUACUGGACAUCAUCCCACACCGCAUGCUCAUUUGCCUUCUCCUCACUCACCACAUCUACCGAAAAUUGAAGAGUGA